ACGCAUGCGCAGAAAUGGUAGUUUUGUUUGAAGUGAAUUGCAGUUAAGACUGGCGGAUUGAGCUGUAUAGAAAGAAUAGAAUCGCUAUCCGUAACUGCAACAGUUCUUGUAAAUGUGGUCACUUAAAACAUUUAUUUCUAGUCGUAGGUGUUGUUGAUUCGUUUCAUGCAGCGCUAUCAUUAUGUUGGGGCAUCAUUACCCAAGCGUGGAAAAGACACAACUGGUUAGCUAUGUGGAAGAUUAUCUGGAAUGUGUGGAGUCUUUGCCUUUGGACAUACAGAGGAAUGUUUCGUUGCUACGAGAAAUUGAUACGAAGUAUCAGGACGUACUGAAAGAGGUGGAUGAUGUUUAUGAGAAGUAUAAAAAAGAGACUGAUACAAGUCAAAGAAAACGACUUCAAAACCAACUCCAGCGGGCUCUCAUCAGCAGCCAGGAGCUGGGGGAUGAGAAGAUACACUUGGUUACGCAAAUGAUAGAGCUGGUUGAGAACCGUGCGCGGCAAAUGGAUUCUCACUCGCACUGUUUCCAGGAGCCCAGUGAGGUUGAGACACCCGUUGAGAAAACUAAACAAGAGGUACAGCCCCCGGAGCGCUCCUCCGCCCGGCGGCAGCGACGCCAGCGUAAUAGUGAGAGCCGCGAUUCCUGCUACACGGCCAAUGGCGUCGAUGAGCAGGGUGAUGAGCCUCCGCCCAAAGAGAAGAAGUCUAAAUCCGCCAAGAAGAAGAAGCGUUCAAAGGCUCCAAAGCGUGAAGUCUCACCAGUGGAGUACACCAUCGACCCCAACGAGCCUACCUACUGCUUGUGUGACCAGGUGUCUUAUGGCGAGAUGAUUGGUUGUGACAAUGAACAGUGUCCCAUUGAAUGGUUUCACUUUUCUUGUGUCGGACUUACCUACAAGCCCAAAGGAAAGUGGUACUGUCCAAAGUGCAGGGGGGACAAUGAAAAAACAAUGGACAAAAGCAUUGAAAAAACUAAGAAGGAUAGGCGCUCAAGGUAGUGAUCUAAUGGCUGUUAUUAAUGAACAGUCCUACGGCUUGUGAAUACGGUUGUGCAAUAGUUUGCACUUGAUGGCAUCGGCGCAUUAUGAAAGUUCAGAUUCCUCCAAUUAAUAGGUUGUAGCACUUAUUAAAAAAAGAACCUGACUUUAGAAGACAGUGUUGCAACACUAGUACUUUGUAGACAUAGCCAGAUUACAUCCCUUUUACCGCAGACUGAAAAAGCUGAAAUCACAAUUACUGCCAUUGACAGGUCAUUUAAUUUAUUUGAUGUUUAUUUAAUAUGCCCAACUGAGAAAUUUUAUAGGUUUGUAAGAGGUCAAAUCACCAGACCUGAAUAGAAGCGAAAGGUUGAGUUGGGGAGUAUUAGAGGAGGCACAAAGAUGAAGAUGUUUGUGAUUCAUACUCUCCAGAGUAAUAAGUGAAGACAUUCAGUUUUCGUUCGGAGUUUUUUUGUUUGUUUUUUUUUUUUUUUGUUUUGUUUUAAGUCUUCCAGCUUUUCUACAUUUUUAGAAUUUGUUUGAACUCCAUAUCCCAUGGUCCCCUUACCCUUCAACCUUUGGCAGUAUUGAAAUAAACAUGUCUGAGAAGCAUUUGAUAUAAUUGUUCACUAUGCCAAAAUGGUUAUUAGGCUGUACUUUGUCAAGCACAGUGGGUCUUUGGAAUUUCCGAGCAUUAUUCGUUCAUC